ACAUCGUGUCGUUUCCCAAUCAAAAGCACAUUUUUGCACGACAUCUGCACGGCUUGCUUUAUAUCUUUAUUCUUCAGUAGUUACUUUGUUAUAAAACAUGUUCUCCAAAUCCAAGAGAUUUCAAGAGCAAGUUUCUCAGGCACCUCCUGUUGGAUCAUAUGAUGUGAAGAAUCAAACAAAAGGAUCUGCAGCGGCUGGAUUUGGCAAGGGGAAGAGAUUUGCUGAAUUGAAAGGUAUCAAACCUUUUGUCAGAGAGGACAGAACUUGAGAACAAACUAUGUCAGGCUCAGCAGGAUAUUCAGCACUUGGAAAACACACUCCAGUCUACCUUGCAAGAAAAAGGUUGCCAUGAAUCUUCCAUUGCUGAGCUUCAGAGAAAACUGGAAGAAUUGAGGCAUGAAAAUGAUGUGCUUCUGGAGAAAUUACAAGCCAUAACAACAACCAACAGUAAAAAAGAAUCAUUAGGGGGAGAACUGACAACAGUCAAGCAACAACUGCAAGAUAAGGAUGGGGUCAUAUCCAGUCUUAAAUUUGAACUGAGCUGUGCAGCUCAAAGCUCAAGAGCUGACUUAGAGUUGGAACAGGACAGAAACAGAGCUCUCACUGAGAGGAUUUUAUACUUAGAGAAGACGGUUUCAGAGGUAACACAGGACAGAGAUGACGUAGAAGAAGCCAAUAAACAACUCCAUGAAUUGGUUGCAAGUCUUAGAAGUGAUAAUAUGGACUUCAGAGCAAAGCUUGAUGAAACUGAAGAAAAACUAGAGGUUGUCCAUGAGAAGAUGAAGAAUGUUAUAAAGGAAAAUGAGAACAAGGUUGUUUCUCUUGAAGGGAUGUUGAGCAAAGAGAUGCAGAAAAGUCAAGAUUUUGGUGAAAAGUUGGAGUAUUCCUUAAGACAGACUGAGGAGAAUUUUACCAAAGCACAAUCUACAAUUGUCCAACUACAAGAGGCAAAAGAAAAUUUGGAGAACAAAAAUCAUUCUUUGGAGGCUAAACUGUUUGAGUUGAUUGAGAAAGAGCAAUCUGCAGAAGAAAGGGCCAGACAUUUGUCUGUGGAGAACGUUUCACUUGAGAGUAGACUUCACAACUGUGAAAGUGAUUAUGAACAGAGACUGUCUAUUGCAAAUGAUCAAGUAGAAUCACUGCAAAAAGAACUUCACAGGUAUGAGGAAAUGAUGACAGAGAAUUUGAGGUCAUUGACUGACAAAUAUCAAGACCUGGAGGAUUCUUACACCUGCUAUCAAUCUGAAGCUGAAAAAGAGAAGAACUUGAUUUUAGCUGAGUUAGAAGUGACAAAGCAGUCUUUUCAGAAAAGCCGGCAGGAAAGUGAUCAACAACUAAAGACUUGUGUCCACCUCACGCAAAAAAAUAAACAGCUUCAGGAAGAAUGCGAUGGACUAAGUGAACAAGUGAAUUGUUGGAAGACUGAAGCUGACUCAUUGAGAGAUAACUUAUCCAGCUGUCAAAGAGAAGUCGAGCACGCCAAGGUUGAGUUGGAAGCCGCCAAAGAAGAACUGGUAAAAAGUCUGGAAGAAACAGGGCUUGCUAAGGUUUCUCUGAGAAAAGCACUAGACGAGGCUAACAGCACUAUCGAUAACCUCAACCAGAGAGAGGAAACCUUAUCUCAGAAAUUACAAUUCAUGGAAAGCAUUCAGAAGAAACAAGAGAUUGAACUGGAAGCAUUCAAAGCUAAGUCAAACAGUGAAAGAAGUAAAACGCAGGAAGUAGAGAAGAAACUGAAAGAUGAACUCGAAAGGUACCAGUCAAUAAACAGGGAAUUAGAAGAAAAAUCGAAGGAAUCCGAAGAGAACUUUGCACGGCAAAUAAAAUCAUUUGAAGAGAAAGCUGCUAAAUCCAAAGAAGAAUUUGGAAGGCGACUUGUGGAGACCCAAAAGAAGUUAUCGCAAGCUGAAAUAAAUUUUGACAAUUUCAGAAGCGAACAGGAAAUGAAUUUAAAGGAAAUGGAAAGGAAACUCUUUUCAGCAGAAGAAGAAGUAAACAGAUUGAAAUCAGAAUUAAGCAGUAAAACAAGCAACGACGAUCAGUUGAAUGAGUUAAAAGCCCAAAUCGAAGUAUGGCGAACUAAAUACGAAGAUUUGGUCCAAAAGAUUGAGCCCUUCAAGGAUCAACUGGAUGAAUAUGAAGCUGAAAGAAACGCCCUCCUUUGUCAAAACAACCAAGCAAAGGACGAGGUUGCCAAGCUAGGCCAGCAGUAUGCCAAAUUACUUGGCCACCAAAACAAGAAACAGAAGAUACAUCAUGUUGUGAAGCUCAAAGAGGAGAAUAACAGUCUCAAAGCUGAAAUAACGAAGCUGAGGGAACAAACUGAAAAACAAAAGAGGGCCAUGAAAAAACUGGAAGAGAAAUUGGACCAUGUCAGUGGAAAGAAAAGAUUUAAUCCUACGGAGGCCUUCUCACACAGCAAAAAAGAGAAUAUGCCACUAUCGGUUCUUUCCAAUGGAAAUGGAGCUUUUAAAUCCUGAUGAAACACGAUCCACUGUUCCCUGGGAUUCUUCCGGAAAUGAGCUCUUCUUGUUUUUAAAAACAGUUCCUCUUAUUUUUUCUUCUAAUUUUAUGAAAAAGAAGUCCCCUCAUACUUUUUUAGAAGUUUGUGUCUUCAGCGAUGAAGUGAAUGCAACGAAGUGGAAAUAAAGUGGAUACUUUGGAAGGCCGUUAGAAAUCCUCUGCCAUGACUAUGUAACAUUAACCUUAAGCUAACUUUUAGAACGCGCGUCAUUUUGUAAAUAGUUUUCAAAAAAAAUUAUUCCUGUUUUAUUGCAUUUCGCAUAAAUUGUACAAUAACAAGAAUUCUAGAAUUUAAUUUGCUACCCAGACCCCACUUUUUCCCCGGCUAUUUCAUGAGCGUUUCAUUUCGUGAGGUUACCUAUAGCUAAUUAGAUUAUUACUAGACUCACGAAUUGUUCUUAAGAAUACUGACAUUAAACAUUUUACUAAACGAAA